AUGGCAGAUUAUUAUACAUAUCAAAGGAAAAGAAGAGAUUUAGGAAAGCCUUGCAAUUUUUAAGAUAGUGAAAUAAAAAUAGCAGGUUAUACUAAGACAGUUGCUGUUAUUCCAAACUAUGUUAAAAGAAAUCCAAAUCAUAUUGAUUUAGAUAACAUUGCUGAAUAUUCAGAGCAUUCUGUAUCUAUUUGAUUUAUAAAAACAUAGGUUAAUACAGAGAGAGUAUCAACAGGAGACAAAGUGAUGUAUCAUAAAGAAGGAGGGGUAUUAUAAUUUAUGCAACAGUUUUUAGUGGCCUGCAGGUAUAGACCCAAUGGAGUAGCAAGAUCAAAAUAAAUACAGAAGAAGAUUCGAGAAAGAUGCUGCAUUUGCAGUUGCUGUUAAAGAGUUAAGUACAACAGUGGAGAAAUGCAUACUUUAAAAUAAUUAAAUAGAUUUAUUUGAAGAGUAUUUCUUAGAUGAAGAAAGUGAACAUCAAGUUGAAAAUCUCAGUACUAAGACUUUGAUGUUAUUCAAGUAUUACUUAAUGUAAUAGUAGGGAUUAAUCAGAAGGAGUUAAGAGAUCUGUAUCAGAAAUAUCUUGGCAUCCAGAAGGACCAAUUAAAGCAGCAGUAUCUUAUGCAAUAAGCAGAUUCUAACAAAUGCCAGAAGGAAUGUUAAAAUCUUCAUUUGUUUGGGAUUUAUAAAAUCCUAAUAAUCAUGAAUCUGAAUUAGAAACGAAUUCUCCAAUUACUAAUUUGAUGUACAAUCCAAAGUUAUCUGAUUAAAUUGGAGGUGGAUGUUAUAAUGGUUUAGUUGCUGUUUGGGAUGUAAAGAGAGGUAAAUAACCAGUAUUGACAUCACCUGUUGAAAAGUCUCAUCAUGAUCCAAUUACUCAUUUUUAAUGGUUAUUUAGUAAGACUGGUACAGAAUGUGUAACUACAUCUACUGAUGGUCGUGUAUUAUGGUGGGAUACAAGAAAAUUGAAUGAAGGUCCAAUUGAAUCAUUAAAUGUAACAGAGGGAUUAAAUCCAAAUGAUCCAAUGAUUGGUGCAACAGUAUUGGAAUAUAAUACAGAAGCAGGUCCAACUAAAUAUUUAAUUGGUACAGAAAUGGGUUCAUUAAUGGUUGCUAAUAAGAAACCUAAGAAAGCUGUUGAAAUAACAGCUAGAUAUGGAUUAGAAAGUGGACGUCAUUUAGGACCAGUUAUGUCUAUUAAUAGAAGUCCUCCAAAUCCAAAAUUCUUUUUAACAGUUGGUGAUUGGAGUGCUAAGAUUUGGGUUGAAGAUAUUAAGACUCCAAUAAUGAGAACUAAAUAUCAUGGAAGUUAUUUAACAGAUGGUUGUUGGUCUCCAACUAGAAAUGGUGUUUUCUUUUUAACUAGAAAAGAUGGUUGGAUGGAUGUUUGGGAUUAUUAUUAUAGAUAGAAUGAAAUUGCAUUCAGUCAUAAAGUAAGUGAAACAGCUCUUACUUGUAUAAAAAUAAAUUCUAAUGGUGGUGCUCAUCAUAAUGCUGGUAAAUUAGUAGCUAUUGGUGAUUAAGAUGGUACAGUUACAUUAUUAGAAUUAUGUGAUUCAUUAUACUAAUUAUAAUUUAGAGAGAAGGAUGUUAUGAAUGAAAUGUUUGAUAGAGAAUCAAGAAAAGAAAAGAAUUUAGAAGCAAUUAAAAAAUAAUAAGAUUUAAUGAAGAAAGUUGUUCCAAAAGAUAAUAAAGCAGCUCAAUAAAAAUGGGAAUAAAGAAAAGCUGAAUUAAUUGCUGAAGCUGAAUAAUAAUUUAGUCAAAUUGUUAAAAAAGAUGAAGAGGCUAAAUUAAAUGAUUUAUCAGAAUUCAGUCCUAAGGCUCAAAAAAAGUAAAUUGAUUUACUUAUAUUCUAUUAGAGAUGAUAAGAAAUAAUAGUCCCCUAAAGAUGAUGAUAAACAAUAAUAAUAAGGAGAUGGUGGAUAAUAAUAAGAUUAAUAAGAUUAAGGUGAUAAAGAUGGAGGUGUUAAAGAUGGAGAUGAUGGUUAAUAAAAAGGAGAUGAUGAUUAAUAAAAAGGAGAUGAUGGUUAAUAAUAAGAUGGAGAUGAUGGUUAAUAAUAAGAUGGUGAUGAUGGAUAAUAAUAAGAUGGAGAUGAUGGAUAAUAAAAAGGAGAUGAUGAUGGAGAUGGUUAAAAAGAAGGUGAACAGGAAUGAUC